AUGAAAUUAAAAGGAGCACUAUGUCACCAUGAAUUUAUUGGAGAUCUUAGCGGAGCAGUCAACAUCGUAGUCCCCUUCAACCUGACAGGUCAAGCCGAAGUGCAAGCUGAAGGGCUUAGUGUCCAGCUGGAUAGUGCAAUAGAACGAGCUGCAAAUGGCUCCGCUCACAUCAGUUCCAUUGCCUGCCAUUCGACUAUUCGUGCCGUGGACGUGACAAACCAUAACGGAGGACUGUUCGGAUUGGCUGUUACAGUAUUCAAGGUACUGAUAAGACGGGUGGCAAGUCACUCUGUGGCCAAUAGAUCCUGGGGGCAAGGAGUAUCCGAACAAACGUUCGGUGACUCGUUGCAAGGGCUUAUUUGCAAGAAAAUCCGCAAAUAUCUUGACGAGGAUCUGAACGAAAAGAGCAUAUCCAAGGAGUUCUACAUCGACUUCAGGCUAAGAGAGGAUCCAUUUUGUGGAACGAAUAUGGUGGAUCUGGCGUGCGCGGGUGAAAUUUCGUACAAAGGUCUCGGUGGAACUCCCUUCGGACCACCGCCGAUCGCAUGGAUUCGCUCUCAAUCAGACACUCACAUGUUGAUGCUCCAGAUCUCCGACUAUCUACCAAAUUCGCUCUUCUAUCACGCUCACAAGUAUGUUCGAUUUUUCCCACUGAGUCAUUUUGUGUACUCAGGGUCCAAACUUGCGCUAGAACUUAGAAUUAGAAGGAGAGUUUGGAAUAUUUUUGCAGCAAGUCUGAGAGAAUAG